GCAGCGUUUCUCGUGCGGCGUGCCACGGUGCCAGUGCUACGGAAGCAGCGGUUGGGGUGGUGUGUGUGGUAGAAUCGCAGACAAAUUUGCAUCAGAGGACUUCCCGUGGAGUUGUCGUAUACCGGAGGCUCCUUACUGACCAGAUAAAAGAACAUCCGGCUGCUGCUGUGAGUGAAGAAGUAUCGAAGUAUCGGGGCUCGAGACUGGGAGUGAGACCAGAGAAUAAUGGAUAUUUAUCUGGAGAAGAUUGGUGGGUUUGGGAGAUACCAGAAGCGGAUAUUCCUGUUGCUCUCCAUGCCCACGGUGGUGGUCUCCAUGCAAAAACUAGCCUGGGUGUUCCUGGCUCCAAAGGUGAACCACAGAUGUCGCAUGUGGUGGGAGGAGGAUAACGCCACAUAUCCCAUGAACGAUGACCUGAUGAAUCUGUUGUACCCUGAGGACGACCAGUGCCGCUACUACAGCAACGUGACUCUGGAGCCGCCAGGACGAAACUACAACAAGACGUUGUCAUGUGAUGGUGAUCUUGUGUACGACACAUCUCAGUACUCCACCAGCGCUGUGAUCGAUUACGGGAUGGUAUGUGAUCGAUCAUGGCUCAGAGCUAUAGUGCAGAGUGUGUUCAUGGUCGGGAUGCUGGUGGGCUCAUACAUCCUGGGAGACUUAUCAGACAGGGUGGGACGCAAACCAGUGUUUUUAGGUUCCCUUGUGGUGAUGGUGGUGGUGGGCAUUGGCCAAGUUGUCAUCCCUCACUAUGCUGCACUAGUUGUCCUCCGCUUUUUCCUUGGCGUCUCGCUGCAGGGCAUCUUCCUCGUCGCUUACGUUUUGGCGAUGGAGAUGGUGGGCAAGAAUAGCCGUGCAAUUGUCGGGGUUGUGGCUCAUGGGUUCUACAGCAUUGGUUACUUUGUCGCAACUCUGCUAGCAUGGCUUAUCCCCUCCUGGCGCUGGCUGCAGAUAGCCAUGACCCUGUCUGCCCUUCUUUUUAUUCCAUACUACUGGAUUAUCCCCGAGUCAGCUCGGUGGCUCAUCACAAAGGGCCGGAAUGAAGAAGCUGCCAUCAUCUUGAAGAAGGCAGCCAAGAUCAACAAGCAGGAGGUCUCUCAGGACCUCUUGGAUAAAGCUACAGAUGCCCCUAAGGAGGACAAAGCAAAAGGGAAUUUUCUUGACCUUUUUCGACUGCCCAGAAUGUGCUGCAUAACUCUCAACAUCUUCUUCAACUGGUUUGUCAAUAGUGGAGUCUACUAUGGUUUGUCACUCAGCACUGGUAACCUGGGAGGCAACCCUUACCUUAAUUUCAUGAUCAGUGGAGCAGUGGAGGUGCCAGCACUGGCCAUUGCAACUUUACUGUUGAACAGGAUAGGCCGCCGCAUCCCUCUGUCUGCCUUCCUGGGCUUGGGUGGUCUGUCUCUCCUGUCCACCAUGUUUAUCCCUGAGAAUAUGAACUGGCUGCUCAUCUCCUUGGCAAUGGGUGGGAAGUUGUGCAUCACUGCUUCCUAUGCCAUCAUCUAUACACUGUCAGCAGAAGUUUUCCCCACGGUGGUAAGGAAUGUGGGAUUGGGCUCCUCCUCCAUGAUUGCACGGAUUGGUGGCGCCCUAGCCCCCUUUGUCAACAUGCUGAGUGAUUUCUGGACCCCACUACCACUGCUCAUUUUUGGCAUACUGUCCUUCAUGGCAAGUCUCCUCACUCUCCUGCUGCCAGAGACACUGGGCUGCCGCCUUCCUGAAACCCUGGAAGAUGGCGAGAACUUUGGCAGAAAGGAGCUGUAUGAUAACAAAGCUGAGGUUCAGCUAAAUAGACGUCCAGCUUCAGCUGCAGAUUCUGAGACUGAUUGAAAAAUAUGAUGCUUGACAAUUACAUCAUCAUUAUCAAGUGACUCCUAUUGCCUGCAAAGGUAGGGUGGGGCUAAUAUAUUCUGUCAGGGUCCAUUCACCAACCUGGACUUCUUGUAACAUUGGACUCAUUCUUUUACUUCUAAGAUGUGGUGGAAUUUGGAGAUGGAUCUUUUUAUUGUAAGUAGCAGGUAGACAUUUCAAAUGUAAUCAUACAUUUAGGAGUUUAAAUUUAUACUUUGUAAUGUGUACUACUUGACAGUUUAGGCAUGAAAUGAGUGUUAACUUAUUUUACUUAGUAAAUAUGGUAAAACCCCUAGUAAUCACCAACCACAGGGAUUCAGAGGUGGUGGAUCAGCAGAAAUUUUGGAUAAUUGGGGUAUAUUUCAAAGGCACCACAUGAAGUUUCAUCCAACCAAACAUGUUUAAACCCUAAAGGGCAGGGGUGUAUGGUGAAAACGGCUCUCCCCAUACGGCAAUGUUCUGACAUUUUCCCAAAAAUGGGUCACUCUCUAUCAUUGAUAUCAUGGCUCUCCCUAACCCAGUAACUUUAAAUUUAUGAGCACCCACUUUAUCCAUCCUUCCUUUUCAAUCAUCCACAAACCCAAAGUCUCUAUGUCAUGUGGUGUUUCCAUGGCGAUGUGAUGAAGUGCAGUAACUUUUAGCUUUCAGCAAGCCUGUGUUUGCAGCGCAACACAGCUUGUGGUUGGCGCGGUGUAGCUAGAGGAGGCUUAUGAGAAGUUGGUCACUGGCAUAGGACGCUCGGGCACGGAAUCAGACGAGGAAGAUUGAAAAACUCACCUCCUGCCAUUGUUACUGUCACAGAAAGACUGAGAAUGGCACGGAGGAGUUGUAUGGCAGCCUAGGAGUCAUGCUGAUCCAUAAAUCCCCACACAAAAUUCAAAAUUACGGUGGAAAAGGCAGACCCAAAAAAGCCACCGACUGCCUUUUACGUGGCAACUGGAAAAACCCGUCACCCACCCUUUAGGAGUUAAACAGGUACUCUAAACUCAAGUACAUCUCUUGACUACAAGUAUGUAUGUAUGUACUUGCUAGACACUGUUUGACCUGUUAGCUAUGCUAAUAAGUUUUGUCGAUAUGGCGGCAUUAGCCAAUUACCAGAAUCAAGACCAAGAUCAAGCCCUCCCGAGUUGUUGCUUGGGAGGUUGUACAGACGGGGCUGUCAAUUGAACACAGGGCAGCCCUGCGUUCAGUUCAAGUGUUACCCACAAAACUCCCCACAAGUUGGGUGGCAAGUCCAAUGGGACAGUGGGUCAGCUGAGUACAACAAAGAUAGCAUAUUACAUAUAGCCCCUUCGCAAUAUUCCCGCACCUAGGCUUACACGACCUUUUACUCAAAACAGGAAUCAUAGGGGUGGACCAAGACCUUGGUUGGACACCUGCCAAUACCAGGAGCAUGGACAGGUUAAGCUGAUGACAUUUAAGGCCAAGAGUUGUGGGCAGAGUGAAACAAUAUUGGAGCAGAAGCCAGUGUCGCAUGGAGAUCA